AGCGUCACAGUCACAUUCUCACCCUGGCGGACACGGAGGCUUUUUUCGCUUCCACGCUUUGGGGAACCUGAACCUGCCACUUUCUAUCCACUGGCAUACAUUGUCACUCACUGACUGACAGACUGAGAGAAUAUACUACACCAUAAUUGUGGAUUCUGCUUAUUAUUGCUUUUUUUUUUUUUUGUUGAACUAUUCUGGAAUUUAAGACAAGAUGCCUUAACUGGAAAAGCCACCCGUAAUCUGACAUUCUGUGAGUUUUCUUUCUUCUAUAUGCCAGCUGAAAUUCAGGUGGCGACAGACAAGGUUUCUGGAAGGCUAAGUUCUACUCUCUCAUGGGUGAAGAAGUCGGUGUCGCAUACAGUCGGUCAGAUGGCUAGCCAGGUGGCCCCGCCCACGUCCCUGCCGACCUCCGCGUCGUCGCCGUCGUUGUCUUCGCCGUCCUCGCCGCCUCAGCUCAGCCCCGAUGACGUGGAGCUGCUCGCCAAGCUGGAGGAGCAGAACAGGCUCCUGGAGACGGACAGCAAAUCCCUGCGCUCCAUGAACGGCUCGCGGCGGAACAGCGGCUCGUCGCUGGUGUCCAGCUCCUCGGCCUCGUCCAACCUGUCGCACCUGGAGGAGGACUCGUGGAUCCUGUGGGGGCGCAUCGUCAACGAGUGGGAGGAGGUGCGAAAGAAGAAGGAGAAGCAACUCAAGGAUCUCGUCCGAAAGGGGAUUCCGCACCAUUUCCGGGCCAUCGUGUGGCAGCUGCUGUGCAACGCCCAGAACAUGGCCAUUAAGGACCAGUACUCGGACCUCCUGAAGAUGACGUCGCCCUGCGAGAAGCUGAUUCGCCGCGACAUCGCCCGCACUUACCCGGAGCAUGACUUCUUCAAGGAGAAGGACAGCCUGGGCCAGGAAGUUCUCUUCAAUGUCAUGAAGGCUUACUCCCUGGUGGACCGCGAGGUGGGUUAUUGUCAAGGCAGUGCCUUCAUCGUCGGGCUGCUGCUCAUGCAGAUGCCUGAGGAGGAGGCCUUCUGUGUCUUUGUCAAGCUGAUGCAGGACUACAGGCUCCGGGAGCUCUUUAAGCCCAGCAUGGCCGAGCUGGGCCUCUGCAUGUACCAGUUUGAAUCCAUGAUCCAGGAGGAUCUCCCCGAGCUCCAUGUGCACUUCCAGGCGCAGAGCUUCCACACCUCCAUGUACGCUUCCUCCUGGUUCCUCACCAUCUUCCUCACCUCCUUCCCAUUGCCCGUCGCCACGCGGAUCUUUGACAUCUUCAUGUGCGAGGGUCUGGAGAUCGUGUUCCGAGUGGGCCUGGCCAUCCUGCAGAUGAACCAAGCUGAGCUCAUUCAGCUGGACAUGGAGGGAAUGUUACAGCACUUUCAGAAGGUCAUCCCGCGCCAGCUGGACACUGGCCCCGACAAAGUCAUCCAGGCGGCGUAUCAGUUCAAGUACAACCCCAAGAAGAUGAAAAAGUUGGAGAAGGAGUACACCACCAUCAAGACCAAAGAGAUGGAGGAGCAAGUGGAGAUCAAAAGGCUGCGCACCGAAAACCGGCUGCUGAAGCAGAGGAUCGAAACUCUCGAAAAGGAAAGUGCUUCCUUGGCAGAUAGAUUGAUCCAGGGACAAGUGACUCGGGCUCAGGAGGCGGAGGAGAACUACCUGGUCAAGCGGGAGUUGGCCACUGUCAAACAGCAGAGCGAGGAGGCCGCUGCUCAGCUGGAGCAGGCCAACAACGCCAUCAGGCAGCUUCAACAGCAGCCGCAAGCGAAGGGGGCGCUACGCUGCUCGGAGGAGGCGGUGCUGCAGCUGGAACGAGAGUUGGUGCAGGCCCGGCUGAAGGAGGCCGAGUCGCAGUGCGCGCUCAAGGAGAUGCAGGACAAAAUCCUGGACAUGGAGAAGCGCAACACGUCUCUGCCGGAUGACACCAAUGUGGCUCGACUGCAGGAAGAGCUGAUGGCCAUGACGGUCAGGGAGGCUGAGGCGCUCACAGGCCUCAAGGAACUGCGGCAGCAAGUCCGGGACCUGGAGGACCACUGGCAGCGCCACCUCGCCCGAACGUCCGGCCGCUGGCGGGAGAGUCCCAAGAAGAACACGCUGAGCGAGCUGCAGGACGAGCUGAUGAGCGUGCGGCUGCGGGAGGCCGAGGCGCAGGCUGAAAUGCGGGAGAGUCGACAGAGGAUGUUGGAGCUGGAGACCCAGAAUCAGAUUCAUGGCAAUCAGCUGCGGCGAGCAGAGCAAGAAGCCCGAAGCCUUCAAGAUCGCGUUCAGACGUUGACGACUCAAAACAAGGAUCUCCACUCGCAGCUCCAGGAAAUCAAAAGGCGACAAGCAGAGAUGGAAUGCAAGAGCAAAGAGGAGGUGAUGGCGGUGAGGCUGCGCGAAGCUGACAACAUGGCCGCCAUGGCCGAACUGCAGCAGCAGAUCUCAGAGCUGGAGAUUCAGAAAGAAGAAGGGAAGGUGCAGGGCCAGCUGAACCACAGUGACUCCAACCAAUACAUCAGAGACCUCAAAGAUCAGAUUCAAGAGCUCAAACAUGAGAUCUGCUGCUUAAAGGGACAACGUGGCAUAUCCUCCAAACCGGCCGCCUUUGACGGCAUCCACAUCAUCAACCACUACGCGCACCACCGUGACCCCGAUGACCCCCACGACGACGGCUCGUACCACUCUUCGGACGAGGACGCCACCAAGGACGGCGGCGACGCUGGCCGUGGCCGCCGCGUCAUGCUCCAUUGCAAACUGGGCGACACCGACAGCGAGGAGGAUGAGGACGGCGAGGCUCUGAGGCUUUCCGUACCCGCCGCCGUUGCCAAGGUGGGAAAUCGCAAGUCCACCGCUGUGUGACGUGUGGAACUUUUCAGAUUGGGCAAAGUUGGACCUGGGAACUGCUUGUGGCUAUGACUGUACGGGUCCCACAGAGACAGGAGGUGGGCAAUUAGUUCCGAGAGACAAUAAAACAUUUUAUUCUAUAUCACACUUCAUUCAAUGGGAUUUUAUAUGAACAUUGUUUUAUAAGCCAGAACUCUACAGUGUGUGUGUGUGUUUGCAUCCAUUUUGCCACCUUUUUUUUUGCCCUAACAUUACAGAAAUGACACAUUUCAAUGAUUUUUAAAUCUACCCGGAGACAAGCCAUCAUGAGAGGAAAUGAACAGAAAUGGAUCUCAGGCGCGUCCGUACCUUUCCAACUGGGCUCUACUCAUGGUGGGAUGGGGUGGGGGGGUUGCCAUGGUAAUGCACACCACAAGAGACCUCGCACAAGGAAGGAGGGAGAAAGGUGACGUUUGUUUGUUUGUCUUGAUGUUGAUUUGAUGACGCUUGGUUGGGCUACCAAAGUUGUCGCUCUUGUUCCCACUUUGUUCACUCCAUUUCACACACCUGGCCCGAGACCGAGACUUGGAACCACACCUUGACUUUGACCUGGACUUGCCUGGAACUGGACCUCGAACUGUACCUUGACUUUGACUUCAACUUCUACCUGGGACUGGACUUUGACUGGGACCUGCAACUCUACCUUGACUUCAACCUGGAAUGGACUUGAACGUAUCUUGAAGUGGACCUUGACUUGGACCUGGAUCUGUAUCUGGAACAGUACUUGCACCUCCAUUCAGAUCUGGUUCUGGACUUGGACCCGCACCUCGACUUUGACCUGCACUUGUAACUGGGCUUAUAACUCUACCUUGACUUUGACUUCAGCUUCUACCUGGAACUGGACUUUGACUGGGAUUUUUAACCAAACCCUGACAUGGACUGGACUUUCAAAUAUAUCUUGAAGUGGACCUGGACUUAUACUUGUACCUAGAUUCAAAUCUGUACCGAGAUCUGGACUUGUACCUGCAUCUGGAUCGAGACUUGUACUUUGACCUCGGCAUAGAUUUGGACCUCGAUCUGAACUCUGGACUUAUACAUGUCCCGGAUUUGGACCCGGACCUGAUGUGGUUUGGGUGUUUUUAUCAGUUCACAUAAGGUGUCAGUGAUGACACUGCACUUGUCUGUCUGGUCGCUAUUUGGACAGCAUCCAUGUUUGACUUUUUUUUUUUUUUUUUUAAAGCACUUUGGGAGUCUGCAGUACAUCGCGCCCACACAGGGAGGUGAGCUUGUUGUGUGUGAAGAGUUGACAAUAAAACAUUUGUUGAACUUUUAA